UAAUAUUUAAAGUUAUAAUAUUUAGUUAUCUUAAAAUAUUGAUUUUUAAAAAAUGCCAAAUGUUUUGCAACGUUUUUUUUACACAAAUGGUGCAACGCCUUUACCGAUCGGAAUAUGUCUCAUCGUCUUUUUCCUCAAUUUAUUUAACGGAAUGGCAAUCACAAACCUUUCUUCUUAUUUACCAAAGCUUGUAAAGACGUUUAAUGUCAGUGAAAUAAAUACUGGACAAUAUGCUGGGGCUGUUUCAUCUUCAUUGUCUGUGAGCAGAAUAAUAAGCAGUAUAAUAUGGGGUUUUAUUUGUGACAAAUUUGGAAGAAAAACUUCUCUUCUUUGGUCUGGAUCAGGACUUGCAAUUGCAACAUUGUUAUUUGGAUUCACAAUGAGCUUUAUAUGGACUGUUGUUACUCGAUCUUUUCAAGGAAUGUUUGUUGGCUUGAUUGUAAUAACCAAAGCAUUGAUAGGAGAUAUAGCAAAUAAUUCGAAUCUUGCUACUGGUUUAAGUUUUAUAUUUGCAGCUAACAAUAUUGGAUAUAUAAUUGGACCAAGCAUGGCAGGUUUUCUUGUCUUCCCAGCUGAGAAGUAUCAAAAAGUCUUUGCAAAGAAUGGUUUUUUUGACAUUUUCAAAGUGUUACUACCAAAUAUAAUUAUCAGUUCUGGACUUAUAAUUGUUCUGUUAGUUGCUGCAGUUUAUAUUCCAGGAAAAAAAAGAGUUAAAGUUAAGGUUGACUUACUAAAUCUUCAAUCAUCUUCACAAUUUCUUUGUGAACCUAAUUCUAUUGAUGAUUUAAAAAGUGAUGAAUCAGAAAAUCUUCAAUCUUCUAGACAAUUUCAGUUUGAAUCUGUUGUAAGUGAUGACUUUGAUGACACAAAAAGUGAUGAAAAUCCUUUAAUCAAAGACCAAACAAUACUAAAAAUGCAUAACGAAAAUAACCUUCGAUGUGAUUCAGUCAUAAUAGAUACUGAAAAUAGCAAGCCCACAACAAAAUAUAGAAAACUAUUGAGAAAUAAAAUUUUUAUCCUUUCAACUGUUUUAUAUGGAAUGUUUUCAAUGACAACUGUCGGUUAUGAAGACAUGUUUCCUGUAUUUGCUGCUACAGAUAUUAAAUAUAAUGGGUUAGGCAUGACUACAUCAGAUAUUGGUUUAAUUUACUUGGUUACAGGAAUAACUGUUAUUAUAAUUCAGUUUUCAAUUGUUAAUAAGGCUAUUGACAGAUUUGGUUCAAAAAAGAUUUUUUCAUUUACAACAUUGUUCUUCAGCAUUUUAGUGUUUUUGCUUCCAACGAUGGCCAAGAUAAAAAACAAAAUAGGAUUGUGGAUAUCAUUGUGGAUCACUCAAUGUUUAAUGAGAACAUUAUAUAGCACAGGAAUUUUAUGUGUAAAUAUAUUUAUAAAUAAUUCAGUUGAGUCUGAACAACUUGGAGUGGCAAAUGGAAUUGGUUCGUCAGUGGCUUCAAUUGGAAGAUCGAUUGGUUCAGUAGUUUUUGGGCUAGCUUUUUCAUGGUCGUUGGAUAACGUUAAAAAGCGUUUAGCUAUGGAGACUAGCCUUGGUUUUCCAUUCAACGAAUAUUUUACAUUUAUUCUUAUAUCAGUUUCUUCAAUGUUUGUAAUGCUUGCAGCUUUUUUUCUUCCUCAAAGUAUUAACCAUAAAAAAACAUUACGUAAAGCAGAAGAAAACAAAUAAAAUUUAUUGAUUCCUCUAGUAUGACGUAUGUUUUUCAUAGAAGUAUUGGACGUGAAUAAAUUGACGUAUGUGUACGACUACAAUAUUAUAAAACAUAUAAUCUAAAUUAGGCAUGAAAAUCAUAAAUACUUAUGUUCAAAAUAAGAUUACAAUUUUGAGAUCUUUAUUAAAAAUUCUACUUUGCUUUUACUAUAAUUUCGACUUUGACUUAUUUUUUUAAAGAAUGCAAAAUUUUUGAAACAGAUGAAUAUAUUAAAAGUAUACACUAAAAACAGUUAAAGUAUAUUUAAGUAUAUUUAUAUAAUACCAUAUAUAACCAUUUUAGUAAAAUGUGCAAAAUAUUUUUUAUAUUAUGUGUGAAUUAUGCAACGACGAUGCAAGAUGUGCUGAUAGUUAUUUUAUAUUUUUGAGACAAAUUAAUAGCUUAUGUGUUUAUAUUUAUUA